GGGCAGAGCCGGGCGGCGCGCGGGGCGGCGGCUUCCCUGGGAGCGGAGUGCGGGGAUCGGGUUACAGAAAGCCGCGGGGGGAGAGACUAGACAGGAAAGAGCCACCAGCCCCUUCCUGGCCCGGCCAGCGGGGAGGGUCGCGGGGCCGAGCGGCGCCCCUCGCCUAGCCCAGGCUGGCCGGCGGCCGUCGCCUGGCGUGCGCGUCUGGAUCCGCUGGUGGCCCGGCUUUUCGACCCCUUCUCCAAGGGCCUCGCCCUGUAAGCUGUAACUCUUCGCUCCCCUCGCCGUGGCGCGGAGCCUCCCGCCCCCCAGGGACGCCCCUCCACCUCCCGCGCGCGCGUUGACUGGGGCUGGAGGGGCGGCGGGGCUGAGACAUUUUCCUCCCCGCCUCCGGCCCUGCGCGCCCGCCCCUCGCCUCUGAUCUUUGUGCGGUGUGGCACUUCACCUGGUUACUGAUUUCUACUUUUACGCUGGUGUUUUGGGUAGAAAAGUGGCCAAAGUUCACUCGCGUUCAUUGAUGUCCCUUCUAAUCUCUAGAGGUUUUGCAAAGGAGGGACAAUGGGCAGAUUUCAGUGCAGAGAAAGAAGUGACUUCGUAUUUGGUUAAAAAAGAAACAAAAACAAAACUAGCUUAUAUUUUGCCACAGAUCGAUUUCCAAUAUUGCUUUUUAAAAAGUGACCUCGGCACACUCUUGGGUAACAACAGCUGAUGACAUGUAGCCAUACAAAUUGCGCCUGGCUUUCUAGGGACCCUGGGUACUUUGUUAGUGGGCCUGUCUUAUUUUUACAAUAAGAAUUUGAUGCCUCCCGAACUCAUUUAAAAAAAUUGUUUGGGCCAUGAAGACUGGACAUUUCACUGCUUUGGAAGCAGCCGCCAGAAUUUGGGAGGGUGGAAGUUGGACGCAGCAGCCUUCUUCAGCCAUUAACAUCUAUCACAACUCCGGGUGCCCUUCUAGAUCACAAAAGAAUCAGCAGUCUCUGGUCCCAGCCCACCCCAUGGCCCCUCCCAGUCCUAGCACCACCAGCAGUAAUAACAACAGUAGCAGCAGUAGCAACUCAGGAUGGGAUCAGCUCAGCAAAACGAACCUCUAUAUCCGAGGACUGCCUCCCCACACCACCGACCAGGACCUGGUGAAGCUCUGUCAACCAUAUGGGAAAAUAGUCUCCACAAAGGCAAUUUUGGAUAAGACAACGAACAAAUGCAAAGGUUAUGGUUUUGUCGACUUUGACAGCCCUGCAGCAGCUCAAAAAGCUGUGUCUGCCCUGAAGGCCAGUGGGAUUCAAGCUCAAAUGGCAAAGCAACAGGAACAAGAUCCUACCAACCUCUACAUUUCUAAUUUGCCACUCUCCAUGGAUGAGCAAGAACUAGAAAAUAUGCUCAAACCAUUUGGACAAGUUAUUUCUACAAGGAUACUACGUGAUUCCAGUGGUACAAGUCGUGGUGUUGGCUUUGCUAGGAUGGAAUCAACAGAAAAAUGUGAAGCUGUUAUUGGUCAUUUUAAUGGAAAAUUUAUUAAGACACCACCAGGAGUUUCUGCCCCCACAGAACCUUUAUUGUGUAAGUUUGCUGAUGGAGGACAGAAAAAGAGACAGAACCCAAACAAAUACAUCCCUAAUGGAAGACCAUGGCAUAGAGAAGGAGAGGUGAGACUUGCUGGAAUGACACUUACUUACGACCCAACUACAGCUGCUAUACAGAACGGAUUUUAUCCUUCACCAUACAGUAUUGCUACAAACCGAAUGAUCACUCAAACUUCUAUUACACCCUAUAUUGCAUCUCCUGUAUCUGCCUACCAGGUGCAAAGUCCUUCUUGGAUGCAACCUCAACCAUAUAUUCUACAGCACCCCGGUGCCGUGUUAACUCCCUCAAUGGAGCACACCAUGUCACUACAGCCCGCAUCGAUGAUCAGCCCUCUGGCCCAGCAGAUGAGUCAUCUGUCACUAGGCAGCACCGGAACAUACAUGCCUGCAACGUCAGCUAUGCAAGGAGCCUACUUGCCACAGUAUGCACAUAUGCAGACGACAGCGGUUCCUGUUGAGGAGGCAAGUGGUCAACAGCAGGUGGCUGUCGAGACGUCUAAUGACCAUUCUCCAUAUACCUUUCAACCUAAUAAGUAACUGUGAGAUGUACAGAAAGGUGUUCCUACAUGAAGAAGGGUGUGAAGGCUGAACAAUCAUGGAUUUUUCUGAUCAAUUGUGCUUUAGGAAAUUAUUGACAGUUUUGCACAGGUUCUUGAAAACGUUAUUUAUAAUGAAAUCAACUAAAACUAUUUUUGCUAUAAGUUCUAUAAGGUGCAUAAAACCCUUAAAUUCAUCUAGUAGCUGUUCCCCCGAACAGGUUUAUUUUAGUAAAAAAAAAAAAACAAAAAACAAAAACAAAAGAUUUUUAUCAAAUGUUAUGAUGCAAAAAAAAAAAAGAAAAAAAGAAAAAGAAAAAAAAGAAAGAAAAGAAAACUUCAAUUUUCUGGGUAUGCACAAAGACCAUGAAGACUUAUCCAAGUGCAUGACCGGAUUUUUGUGGUUUUGUUCAUUUUGUGUUUAAUUUGUGUGUUUUUUUUUUCCAGCUGUAUGAAAUGGGCUUUCUGAAGUUUAAAUAGUCCGACUUCACCCAUGGUGUUCUGUGCUUGCAGUGCGAGUGUUGCUGUAAUUCAGUGUUGCCGUCAGUGUCUCUUUUCUCAGCUUUCUGUCUUUCUUUCAACGUAGUGUGAAGUGUCUUAUCCUUUUCUAUGAAUUCCAAUUUGCCUUAACUCUUUUGAUGCUGUAGCUGUUUCAGUAAAAGUUAGUUCAAACUAAUGAUGUAGAAUGCUUUGACCAAAUGAGCUGGUCUAUUAUGCCUUGUAAAACAGCAGCAUAGGGCUUUUAAAAGGUAGUCAAUAAAAGUUGCUGAAAUUUUGGCUUUUUUAAAUAUGUAGUAGGUGUUUUUAAUGAUUUUUCACAUAAUGUGUAAGGUAGUGAAAUGCAAGAAGGGAAAAAUGUUUUGUGUGAAACACAUUUUCUGACUGGGGAACUUUUAUUAGGGUAAAUUGUUUGUAAGGCUGUACGCCAACAGUUUCCUCUGAUAGUUUGACUGAUUUAGGAUAUCUGCUGUAUGAUGCAAUGUAAAGUCUUUUGCCUUUUUUCAGGAAAAAAAAAAAAACUAACUUGAUGUACUAGAUUUAGUGUAGGUAGUGUUGGGGUUGGGGACGGGGGGGUAGGGGAGGGGAGUCACUGAAUGUUUUGUCCUUCCUUUAUACUAAUGAUAGUGCUUUAGAAUGAGAAUUAUGCCUGAAAUCUGGCAAAUCGAAAAAUGUUGCUAUUGCAACAAAGUGGCAAAAGCUAAAAGUAAGGAUUUAUCUUCAAACAUAAGCUGAGAUACGAAUAGAAGCAAAACGAUUGGCUACUAGCUCUCUCUCUCUCUAUUAGGUAAAUUUGAAAAAUAAAAAUGACUUGGCACUUUUAAAGGUAACUUCACCAAAGACCGAAGAGCCAGUAACCAGUAGCUCCAACUUGUCUCAGCAUCACAUCUUCUGUGCUCUUUAUUUUUGCCGGACCAGUUUGCGGUUAGGAGAAUGUGCCUUUUUUGUACCUUUGCAUUUAGGUUUUAUAAUUUUAAUUGAUGUAUGGACACACACAAACAAAAAAGCAUGAAGGAAGAUUUGGAUCCAAGCAGUGCCACACUUUACAUCAUCACUACAAGUGUUCAAGUGUAAAGAAAACCAAUUUUGAAACUAUGAAAUUCCUGAUUCAUAAAUACACAGUUAUUUCUACUUUAGUACAUAUAAGAUAAUUCACUGUUAUUAAAGCUCUUUUAUUAAGGCAAUUGCAUAUGUUUUAAAAGCAAUGGUAAAUUAAGUUGUCUUCCAAAACUGUGUACUUGUCUGGUCAGCUGUGUAUGAUCAGUUAUCUACCUCAGAGUCUAUUUUCUUUUGUGCUGGGACAGGUUGCUGGCCCUCCCUGUUUCCACAGACCAAAUCCUCCUAGCUCAGGAGCUAGGGCUAAGCAGUUAUUUCUUUCAAGUAUUUUUUAGUUCUUAAAUUUUAUGCUUGUAUUUGAUGACAGAUGUCAGUGACAUUUCAUAGUUUCAAAAGUCCUUGCUGCUCUGAGAAGUGUAGAUUCUAGUGAAAAUUACAUAGUCAUAAGAGAAAUGUGUUUUUGUUUUUGUUUUUGUUUCAUUUUUUAAAGUUGUGGUAUUAUUGGUUCUAUGCUCCCUGGAAUAUUACUGCUUUGUGAAAGUCCAGACUGAACGCAGCACCCUCUGUGUACCUAGUACAGUUAUAAACCUGGGUCUCUCACUACUUGAUAUUUUUGCAUUAGUUAAGACAGAAAUUUGAUAGCUCGGUUAGAGGGGAGGGGAAAUCUGCUGCUAGAAAUGUCUGAACUAAGUGCCAUACUCGUCUGGGUAAGAUUUGGGAAACAUAACCUCUGUACAUAAAAAAAAUCAGUUAAACAUCACAUAGUAGACAGCCAUUAAAUUAUAAAAAAAAUUAAUUUAUGAAGAAAGACCUUUUGUACAGAUUGAAAAAAAAGAUUUUCAUAGAGAUAUCUAUAUGAUCAAGAGAGUUAAUUUUUUAUUUUUGUUUUACUAGUGCCACAGACUUGCCAGUGGUAACUUAUUUGUCCGGUUCAAGAUAACUCUGUAGUUUUCUUUCCUAGGACUUGUUGUUAAACGCCAAAAGACAUUUUUGAACUGUACAUUUGAUCAGAUUGUUAGCUUUUCUGUUUUAUUUCUUUUGAGAACCUUUGAAUAAAAAACAUCUGAAAUUUUA